AGACUUCAACUCGCGGCAACACAAUCUGGCGCUACUUCUUGAAAAACAUCAAACCUGGUAUUCUUGAGGUUGCAAUUGACGCCGACGGGAGUAAAGGCCGCCGCCAUGUUCAGACGGUACGGAGGGAACACGCCGCGCACGUCUACCAGCAGACCACGAGUGAUCCCGAGUGACGACAGUGUCUACCCCACCUACUCCUAUGGACGACGUCGAGCUCGAGUGUGGGACCGUGACAGAGUCUUUUGGGGGCCAAACGACAUCAGGCUCUACUGCGAUUCUGAUGAGGACGAGAACGAGGAGGAAUGUAUCUCCGAAGUGGUUGCCCCCCUGCUCGAGACUAAGCUGCACGUGACGUACGUGGACCUGCACGUGCCGGACAACACAGCUGCCCAUCACACUGACCGCUAUGAGUGUACCGGAGACAGGGUCAGUGACGGCACGGAGCACAAGGCACGGCUUGUCCUCCGUCGAGGGCAGGAGUUCAAGAUGACCCUUCACUUCGACAGACCUUACGAUAUUCCUAAGAACGAUAUCACGCUUACCUUUCAUUUGGAGGGCAGCUACAAGGCAGCUCGGACCACCAGCGCCACCAUCAAGGUGGACGAGUCUGGAUACACUAGCUUCGACAAGAAGACGUGGGGCGCCUCCGUGGUUCGACAGGCGGACAAAUCUCUGACGCUGUCCGUAUUCGCGCCUGCUUACAUCCCUGUUGGGGAGUGGGACUUCAGUGUGACUACCAUCGUUGAUGUCGAGGACGGUGAAGAUCUCAUCUGGGAGUACAAGCACAACGAACAAAUUUAUAUCAUCUUCAACCCUUGGUGCAAAGAUGACUGGGUGUACCUUGAACAUGAGGACUGGAUGAAAGAGGCUCUUCUCAGUGACUCGGGAGUGUUGUAUUUUGGCAGCCCAUCAAGAGUCGGUGCCCGUCCUUGGUGUUUCGGUCAGUUUGAUGACGGUAUACUAGAUGCUGCCCUCCAUCUCAUCAGGAAGGGCUUCGGCUACGAGGCUUCAUCUGCCAUGGGAGACGCUGCUAAGGUGGCGAGAAUCCUGGCCAAGCUGGUGAACGCCCCUGACGAUGACGGCGUGGUGAUGGGCAACUGGACAGGGGAGUACGAAGGGGGGACAUCACCCUCCACUUGGGUGGGCAGCGUGAAGAUUCUGCGGGAGUACAUGUCUACAGCUAAGCCUGUCAAGUUCGGACAGUGCUGGGUGUUUGCUGGUGUUCUUACAACAGUGUGCCGGGCGUUGGGCUUGCCGUGUCGUAACAUCACAAACUUCGCCUCUGCUCACAACACCGACGCCGACCACCUCAGCAUCGACAGGAUCAAUGUCAAGGACGAGAACGGCGAAUGGACAGACAUCUCCAACGACUCCGUGUGGAAUUUCCAUGUGUGGAACGAGGUGUGGAUGAGACGACCAGAUCUCAGCGACACCAACCAUUACGACGGCUGGCAGGUGAUCGACGCCACGCCACAAGAGACAAGCUACGACGGGGUGUUCACGUGUGGCCCGUGUCCAGUGAGGGCCAUCAAGGAGGGUGACAUCAACGUGGGAUCCGACGGUGCCUUCAUCUUCUGCGAGGUGAACGCCGACACGGUGGAAUGGACGAAGGACGAGAAGACGGGCAUGCUGGUGGAGACGAAGCGCAUCCCCAACAGUAUCGGCCUCUGUAUGUCCACACACAUCCCCAAUGGACGCUCGUUCCGCGGGGAGACCAUGGGCUCCCUCAACUGUGUGCGGGACAGGCUGGAGCGCCUGGACGUCACUGACGAGUACAAGUACAGAGAGGGCAGUACCAGAGAGCGCACCGUUGUCCGCAAAGCUGAGAUGAUGUUCCGAAGGGCAGCGGCUUACCGCAGUGGGUUUGAAAGCAACAGGAAGAAAGCGGCAAUGGAGACCAUCAGCGUUGAGCUCGAACAAGAGGAGGAUAUAUUUGUGGGCAACGGCUUCGAGUUUGUUGUGACUGUGAGGAACUCCGGGAACGCUGACCGCACUGUGAAGCAGUUGGUCGUCAAGGUGUACUACAAGACGUACUUCGACAUCUACACCGGCAUCGCGGGCGUCAGGAGGUUUGAAGCCUUCCCCGUCGACGGCGGAGAUGCGGUAUCCUACCGGAUCGUUGUUAACGAGGAGCGUGCGGCAAAACGUCCUCAAGAUGGCUUCUACUUUGAGAUCAAGGCUCUAGCAGAACUAAGCGACGCUUCAACAGUUGUUACAAGCACCAUGGACUUCCGCCUGAGACGCCCUGAUAUGGAAAUCGAGGGCCCCGCGAGCUGUCGAAGAUCUCAGACGAUCGAACUCCAGGUGACCUUCACAAACCCCCUGAAGGUGGCGCUCACCAACUGCCAGGUGGACAUCGAGGGGGGAUUCAAAUUUGUCAAACCUUCAAUGGACAAGUUCCUCAUUCCGAACAUCGGACCUGGUCAAAAGUGGCGAGAAACGUUGACUGUAGUUCCCAAGCCACACCCCAAGGACAAGGACGAGAGGGCUCUGACCAUCGGCCUCCACUGCAAACAACUGGCGGACAUCAGCGGACACUACACGGUCAAUAUAGACAAGGGAUACUUCUAGCUGACCAUAGUUCACGUGGCUGGGGACUACUUUUAGUUGACCGCACCACCGCUAGCCAAUCAGCAACAGGGACUUAUUUUAGUUGAUCAAUCCACCGCUAGUCUGCGUCGAGUAGCACUAUUUUAUAACGGCACUACAACCAGUCUACGUCGAUUCGCACUACUUUUGUUAAAUCACACCACGGCUUGUCUACGUCCAAAGGGGUUAGUUUUAGUAGACCGCACCACCGCUAGACGUCAUCGCAAGGGACUCCACCAACGCUUGUCAACAUCACCAGGCGUUAUAUUUAGUUAACUUGACAACCGUCCGCCAACGUUAGUUUCCAGCACCCUUGUUUGACGACGAAGUAAGGCAAAAAUUCGACAAGCCUGACACAACCAAUAUUCCUCUAACAGCAGGGCAGACAGGCUCCACUUUGUCACCUGAGUGUUAAAACUCAAAUUAUACAUUUCAAAGACUGACACGUGUUCUUUUUUGUUUCCUAUUCCAACCCGUGACAUCAAGUCAAUUUCAACAGGACACACUAAGCUCCGUAUUUCAGCGAUAUUCAUGAUGACUUCAUAAUGAGCUAAGCGAUCUUCGAGCUUUCAUCGUCUUUCAUCUACGCUGUAUACACAAAGUGACACUAAGAUCAGUAGUCGGACUUUGUGAAUUGUGGUUAAAACAGGAAAUACCUGGCCCCUCGUUACAAGCACGUCCCUGUGCCCUGCUGACACAUGCAUGUCACAAGGACGGUGUUACUAUAUUUAAGAAUACACUACUAUUGCAUUUCGUUUUUAACAAUUUAUAAUUUGAAUAAAUCAUUUCCCUAAGAGA